AUGUACAAGACGGUGAGACACGGCGAGAACAGUUUGCAGUACACUAUACUCCCGCAGACGGAGGAGGUGUUGAGUAACAGUGGACUCAAGGGCAAGGGACGCGACUACAGUCCCUCUAUUCACGUCCGCCGUUCCCGCAGGAGGUCCACGUUGAAAUAUGUCCUACUUAUUUUAUUCGGAAUCGUUUUCGCACUCGCUCUAGCAUCUGUUCCACUCUACAUCAUGAAUGCAGCGCUGCACGCCCGGAGAAGCCAGCAUGAUCAUCAGGACGCUAUCACAACUGCUCCUCUUACUCCAGCCGGUCGUGAAAUAGUAAAGUCGCGGAAAAAGGAGCUCAAAAUUCUCCCCGAGUUUCUUUCGACGGAGAACACUAAGUUGGAGGUUACAAAGCAUCCUGUCAUCACUACAACGUAUGUCCCUACAACAGUUAGCCGUGAUAAAGCAACCACUCCACCAUGGACUAUACCUGCUUUGAGGUCUUGGAAAGGUGUGCCUUUAGCAACGACUUUGCACCCCGUUCCAACGGAGACAUUGGAAAAAAUCCCUCUAAUAGGCACGCCUUCUGGAAGCGUUCGUUUACUCGACAAUUAUAUGUCGGCAAAGCCGUGGGAGAAAGACAUAAUAAUAAGGCCAACCGUCACGCCGGAACCGAUUACAAUCCGAAACGUUUUCAAGUACUAUUCCCGUGCUUUCGCCACUUCGGACAGAUCGAUCACGGGCAAAGCAAAAUUAUUCGAUGACGUUUUGAUAACGACGCGGGCUACGACCACGCGCUCCCCAACCACAACCGAGACAACAACAAUGACGAUAUUGCUAGAUGAAGGUGAUGAGUUUAAGGAAUCGUUGGAAGUUGAUGAGGUGUUCUCUCUACCUCCGUUGAAACCGGAAUCGCCGGGGCCGGUGAGUGAUUCUGAUGAAGUGACCGUCUCCAAAGCUGGCGGCAAUGGCUGGUAUGGAGCACGGUGGCCGUUUGUCGAUACCUCAUCUUAUUUCCAAUGGACGGGAUACUCCCUCGGAGACAACUUGUUACUGCCUUUAUUGAUAGCGGCAAUGUCGUCAAUCGUACUAGUGCUUCUCCUGGCCCUAGCCGUGCGACGACGAAGAACUUCGUCUACUUCAGCACAGAUUGGAAAGAUUACCGCCGACCUUCAAGAGGACGACAACACUAACUUACUGCAGGCCGAAAAUCCAGAAGAGGUAGAGGAA